AUGGAGAAGAGCACUUUUCAAGAUUCAGCGGCCUUGCCUCCGCAGUAUGACAGCAGCGACAAUGACAGUCUGCAAUAUACCACCGAGACAGGCGGGAAUACCUCGAAAGCGACAUACCAAGAGGCAUCCGGUGCUCCAGUCGAGGUGAAUUCUCCGUUGGGGUAUUCAGUGGGACCUGUGACUGUGAUUUUUCUCAAUUUGAGUAAGAUGAUUGGGACGGGGGUUUUUUCAACGCCGUCGAACGUCCUGAAAGGCGCUGGCUCUGUUGGUCUGUCGUUGAUCUACUGGGUCCUUGGCUAUUUAAUGGCCUCAAGUUCGCUUUCUGUUUAUAUGGAGUUUGCAUCUUGCUUUCCGAGUCGCUCGGGCUCCGAGGUCGUUUACCUGGAGCAGGCGUAUCCGAGACCGAAGUACUUCUUUCCUACUGUUUUUGCGAUGCAGACUGUGCUGUUUUCAUUUAGUAGCAGCAACGCGGUUGUUCUGGCACAGUAUCUUUUCAAACUCGCAAAGGCUGAAAGCACUCCUUGGAAAUUGAAGGGUGUUGCUGCGGCUUCUUAUACUAUUGCUGUACUGGUUCUUGCUUUCAAUACGAGAUGGUCUCUCCGAAUCACAAAUGUCAUUGGCCUCGUGAAAUUGAUUACAUUGAUCUUUAUCGGCAUCAGUGGAUUGGUCGUCCUUGGAGGCCACACCUCGGUGCCAGACCCCAAAGCAAAUUUCCGAAAUGCAUUCGAUGGCAGUGGUGCAACUACCGUCUAUGGAACAACGAAUGCCUUGGUCAAAGUCAUGUUCUCAUAUGCAGGCUUUGAGAAUGCUUUUAAUGUGGUGAAUGAAGUUCGGAAUCCCACCAAAACUCUACGGUGGAGUGCCCCAUUGUCGCUCGGGCUGACGGCAACAUUAUACAUCUUGGCCAACAUCGCGUACUUCAGUGCGGCGUCCAAGGAAGAGAUCCUUGAGUCCAAGGUUGUCGCAGCCGGUUUGUUUUUCGAGAAAGUCUUUGGUAAUAGUGGUGCGGCGACGGCAUUGAAUUUCCUGAUUUGCCUUUCUGCAUUUGGAAACCUACUUGCUGUUCUCAUUGGACAGUCUCGUAUGUUGAGGGAAUGUGGGAGACAAGGUGUUCUACCAUGGACCUCAUUCUGGACGUCCACUCGGCCCUUCGGCACACCUUUAGGUCCAUACCUGGUGAAAUGGGGGUUUACCAUGCUCAUGAUCCUAGCACCCCCAGCGGGUGAUGCCUUUAAUUUCAUUGUGGAUAUGGGGACCUACCCAACCUCCAUAUUUGCCUUGAUCUUGGCCAUUGGACUAGUGAUUACUCGGCAGCGGCGUAAACGGCUAAAUCUGGGAGCCCCAGACUAUCAGGCUUGGCAUGUCACCGUGGGAUUUUCGAUUCUCUCGAAUUUAUACAUGGUCGCUAUGCCGUGGUACCCCCUAGUGCGGGCGCGACGGGUGAUUAUUGUGCUGUGUGGAGUGUAUUACUAUGUCUGGAUCAAACUUCUCCCGAGACUGCAAGGGUUCAGGUGGGAGCAGACGGUUCUUCAGUUGGAUGGCGGUGCGACAGCGCAUAAGAUGGUCCGAGUGAAAAAGGAUUGA